GGAGGCCCGUGUGAGCGGAACGCGUGCGGCGGCAGCGCCCCACCUGUCGAGAGUCGAGACGAGGCUUCUCCAAGCUGCCACCGCAGCCGCCAGCCGGCCGCUGCUCCCCGCUCCCCUCCCCCACCUCAUAUAACGGAUUUUUUCCCGACGCGCCAGCAAGCGAUAUGUGCCUCGCCGCCGCGUCCGCCUCCGCCUCCCCCGCUCGCUGCCGCCUCUCGCCCUCCUCCGCCGCGCUCCCUCGCCGCUUCCUCCGCAGCCUCCUCGGCGCCCCCUCCCCCGCGCGGCCGUCCCCGCCGCCGCAGCAGCCGACGAAGCCUCUGCUGCGGCGCUGCAUCCCGUUCCACCGGAUGGCGCAAUAUUGGACUCGAGCGUCACUGGACAAGAACAAAGCUCUGGUUGACUACCUAAAGCAGUAUGGUGCCGUUAGGACUGAUAAAGUGGCUGAAGUGAUGGAGACAAUUGAUAGAGCGUUAUUUGUGCCAGAGGGCACCCCUUACAUCGACAGUCCUAUGCCAAUUGGUUUCAAUGCGACAAUAUCUGCUCCUCACAUGCACGCAACCUGCUUAGAACUACUGAAGGAUCAUUUGCAGCCAGGCAUGCAUGCUCUGGAUGUUGGAUCAGGUAGUGGCUACUUGACAGCUUGUUUUGCAAUGAUGGUUGGACCAGAAGGCCGUGCAGUGGGAAUUGAACACAUCCCUGAAAUUGUUGCUUCUGCUAUUGAAAAUGUCCAAAAAAGUGCUGCAGCUCCGCUACUGAAGGAUGGAUCGCUCUCUUUUCAUGUUGCAGAUGGCAGGUUUGGCUUUCCAGAUGCUGCCCCCUACGACGUGAUCCAUGUGGGUGCAGCGGCGCCCGAUAUCCCUCAGCCUCUGCUUGAUCAGCUGAAGCCUGGUGGCCGGAUGGUCAUACCUGUGGGCACCUACUCCCAGGAGCUGCAGGUGGUGGACAAGAACGCCGACGGAUCGAUCAGCGUCCGGAACGACGCCUCCGUUCGCUACGUCCCUCUGACCAGCCGCUCUGCCCAGUUGCAAGACCCCUAAAGGCCCUCCUGUUCCUGUCUGGACCUCGAGACGUCUGUACAUAUAUGAUCGUUAUCAUCUGAAGCAUCAUGUUUGUUCUUCUGAAUAGCCUAGGCAGUUUUAGUUCGUUGCUGCUGUUUAACCAAUAAUGUUGGAGAAUGGGUUUCCCAUCAUAUGUCUGGAUCUAUCGGUCGAUGUAUGAUGUCUCUUUUUCUGCAAUAAAAUGGGUUCCCAGCA